UGGACAGACGACUGAUGGCCGGGUAACCCAGAUUAACCGCGUUCAACCGAUUCCAAGAGUGCGUUCGCCAGUACCGUGGAGUCCUCCGUCCGCGAGCCGACUUUAAACUGCUCGAUUUAGUACCACUGCUUUAUCGAUUUUUCGUUCCUUUUUGAAUGUUUAACAACUUUAUUUUAUUCAAGUUUUUGUAUAUAACUCUAAGCAAAGUUGAAUUAGUAUUCAAGAUUUGUUAUUAAUCAGUGCGAUAAAUAUUUUUGUUGUUUAAUUACUUUGAGAUUAAGGACUGUGUUAACAACACGUCUAACAAGAUGAUAAUGCAGCCGAGCCAUUUUUGAUCUUAAAUAACAAUAAUCACGCUCAAGAUUGCUGAGAGCCAGCAAAAUGGCUUAUAAAAACACCUGGAGUCAUAAAAAAUCUCAUCAUUGUUAUUAUUAUUACUUAAUAAUUGCAAUUACAUUUACUUGUUGUAAUGCACUGGAGGCCAAGGCCGAGGUGAACGAGACAGAAAGCAAUGAAGUUACGUCUAGCAACGUAGAUCACAAUUGGAUGGACGAUAAGCCUGAUUUAUCCCAUCCACAUUCUUUCAAAAAUAAGCCCAGCAAAUUUGAUGUCGACGUUUCUGGGCUCACUUACACCGACAACAAUUCUUCUCAAUCUCACAGUCCAAAUCCAAAUUCAAUAGACACCAAAGCUUGCAAAGGCUCAGCUACCAAAUGCCUAAAAAAAGAUUUGGAGGAUUUUUUAGACGACGUCAAGGGUAAGAGCAUCCUCGACGUUACCGACUCAGUGCAAAUAGAAAAGAGAACAAAUUCCACGGGUGUGGAUCCGCACGAAAGUUUGUUUGAUAAAGUUCACAGGCUGACCAAAAAUUAUGUUCUAAAAAUAAAACUGAACCAAUUGAGACAGCCGAGAACGUUUUUUGGUUCUUUGUCGGAUGGAAAGAAUCCAUUUUUAACAGGCUUUGGACUUGGUUUUUUAGCGUUCGGUUUGAAGAAGUUGCUGUUACCGUUAAUCAUAGGUGCCCAGGUUAUUAAAAGUAUCCUGAUAGCACUUUUUUUGCCGAGUAUCAUUGGAAGUAUUGGUAAAAUGGUUGGAAAAGCAGGGGUUUCAUCGUUCGCACAGUCUUCACAAGGUGUCACUGCGACGCCGGAUGAAAACUUUGAAUUCAAAGACAACUCUGAUUUCUACAAUGAUGAUUAUCUGGCGAAACAACCCUUGGGAACCUUGCCAGCAUCUGCUAUGUACGAGGAAGGAAUGAUGCAAGUUCAGAAACCAGACUCGCGGUAUUCUUUUAUUGACUCAAGAUUGUCACCGGUCGCCAUGCUUAAUGACAGAUACUAUACCAGGCAUGCUGCUAAUGGUUAUGCGAAAAAACAAGACUUCAAGGUAUUUCACGAGAUUCCUUCAAGUUCUCUUCUUCUAACAAACUAUGAUCCAUUCUACUCACCCUUGCUUUCUCGACUGGACGCAGUAUUUUCCCGUCUUGGACACACCACUGAGGGAUGUCGCGAAUACGCGGUAUGUGCCAUGUACCGCAGCCCGGCCCGUUUUGCACCGUAUUCUAAUCUGAUAUCAGCUCAAUUAUCCCGCGAAUUGAACGAAUUACGUCGACCGGCGAGUGACAAUCCCGAAACGCUGAGAUUUUUCCGGUACAUGAAAGCCGCUAAAGAUGGCCAGGAUGGAGUGAAGUGCGAAGACGUUUAUGUAAAUUGUGAAAUCGCCAGGGAUGAUCCUAGUUUAAGGCAAAAUCAAGCCAUGCUUGCAACCUAUCAGGAUAUCGACAAACUUGUUCACGCCAGAAAAUUAUAGGAACUAAAUGUAUAGAUAAUUUAGAUAAUUAUUUAUUUAUUUAUUAAUUUAUUUUUUGUUAAAUUUAUUUAUUUUUGACUUAGUUCUAAAGAGUGAUUAGUUUUUUGCAUCACAGACUGUUUUGAUAUCAAAGUGGUUGUU